UCACUCUCACCCACAGACGCUCAAAAACAACAGCAAAAGAGGGGGAAAAGUGAGAGGACAGGAGCAGCAGAGGAGGAGAGAAGAGGAGGUUUGUUUUUCUCCUCUCUCACACACACUCUCAGACUCUCUUCACUCUUCUUCGCAAAAGCAGCAGCUUUGGAAUCUCAUCUCUGAUCUGUCUUGUGAGCUCCGUCAGAGGAGUGAGGCACACAACUCCCAAGACCAGAGUCCUGUUUCGGCUUUUUUUCUGAAGGGGAAAGUACCAGAAGAGCAGUGGAAGAGUUGGGAAAAGCUGAUUGUUUAUCUUUUUCCUUCCUAUUUUUUCUUUCUUUUUUCUUUUUCCAGCUCUAUGUUUCUUUGCUCAGCUUGCUGUGACUUUGCUUUUGCUUUGCCAGAUUCCAACUGGACCUGGGACUUGUAUACCAUCCCGGAGCGACGCGUGUUAUGGGAGUAUAUUUAAAGACAGAGUCAGAGUGCUGGAAGAUGGAGAGAGUGUUUUUCUUUUCCUGUGGGGAGGGGGGCGCAGUGGUGGCGCAGCUAUGGAAGGAGCAGGGUGAGGUGGGAGGUGGGAGGUGGAGGGAGCAGGAGAGGAGCACCGGGCAGUUUUUUGGUUGGGAUGGUGGAGGCGGAGGAGGGAGGAGGGGUGGAGGGGUUAGGAGAUGGCGUGAGGAUCCUGGCCUGUGGUUGGAUGCGACUGAAGCCACGUGUCUCUUAGCCCUGGCACCUCUCUUCUCCUCUCCUCUCCUCUCCCUCCACCACCCUAACCCGCCACCCAUCGCCGCCCGACAUCACCCACCACCCCCCCACCCCCAGCCGCCACACGCCUUGCUCCCGCUCUCGGAGGUACUGUAGCGCCAGCUCACGGUGCCUACUUGACCAACCUCUGCUCAGCACAGCUGAGAGCCCCGUGCGGUGCCCGCCAGGAGCUUGUGACCUUCCCGCCUACUAACUAGGCUGAGGCAGUGACAGACAACCAAACAAGCCAAUCGAAAGCAACUGUUACCUCAGACCUGGCAGCCUCAUUGGUUAGCUGUAGUCACUUCCUGGCUGCAGUGCCUGUGUGAAGUCCGAGCACAGAGAGAGCUGUCAGAUCAGACAGUGGAGGACUUGCUGUGGAGACCGUGUGUGUGUGUGCACGCGCACACACGUCUGUGUAUCCGACAGAGAGUGUGCAAGCGGUAGCGACGAUGUCUGCCCUGCCCAUCAUGAUGCUCCGGGAAGACUCUAAAACCAGGAGAAGUCUUCACUAUCCUGCCCUCAACACCGGACAACACUGACCAGCACAGAAAAACUCUCUCAUAAAUACACACUCUCUCUCUCUCAAACACAAACACACACACACUCUAACACACACACACACACACACACACACAGACCAGGACCAUGGCUCCUCUACCCCCCAGCUGAUAGGAGCAGUACCCCUCUCCCCAACCCGUACCCCUCUAGGACUCCUCCACAGUGCCAGACGUUGAGUUUCAGGGCUAGUGUCUCUCUCCCUCACCUCCAAGCCCCGCUACUCGCGACAACACCACCACCACAACCGACAACGUCAACACCACCACCGCCGCCGUCGCUGUCACACACGUCGACCUACAGAUGGCAGAAGAGGACGGCUUCCAGUUCCGCGCCCUGUUCGCGCUGGCACGGGGCCGCCCAGGCGACCUGGAGCUGGCACCUGGCGACCUGGUGACGGUGGGGGCGGCGGCUCUGUGCCAGGCCGAGGGGUACCGCGAGGGGGCGGAGGGGGACCCUGCCAGCCUGGGCUGGAUGACGGGGGUGAGGGACGGCACGGGAGAGAGGGGCGACUUCCCUGGGACGUACGUGGAGUACGUGGGCAGGGUCAAGAGGGCGGACUCCAACGCGCCCCCACAGGCCACGCAACAGCGGAGGCCACAGAGAGCGCUGCCGCCCACGCCACCCGGAGAUGGAGACGCACACACACCACUUGGAGACACCCAGACAGAAGCCAGGGGUUCGUAUCAGAUUCCCCCCUGGCCGUCUCCGGAGAGUCCCCCUGCCAUCUUGGUGAAGCUAGUGGAGGCCAUCGAGAGCAGAGGGCUGGACUCUGAGAUGCUGUACAGGACCACUAACCUCAGAGAAGGAGACCAGGAAAUCACAGAAGCAGAUCUGGACCAAGCUAACAUCCAGGCGCUGUCACAAGGCCUGAUGGGAUACCUGCAGGACCUGCCCUCUCCCAUCAUGCCCCUGGCCGUCUUCCCACACCUGAAGAGCGCCCUGCUGGACAGCACAGGAGCAUCAGCAGCAGCGGAGGCCUCAGCAUCAGCAUCCUCAUCAUCAUCUUCAUCGUCAGACCUGAUGAAGGUGCUGGAGUCGUGCGGGGUGCCGCUACAUAGCCUACAGACACUGCAGUACCUGCUGGGCCACCUGGAGCGCGUAGGACAGCACGCGCAGCACAACGGCCUACACACACACACGCUCAGCCGCAUAUUUGGACCCUUGCUGCUGCGCAUCCCUCCGUCAGGGCUGGAGGAGGAUAGGGAGGUUCCUGCUCAGGUACUGGAGAGACUUCUGAGGGAGCGGAGCUGGGAGACAGAACAGGCACCACCAGCUUUGCCCCCUAAGCCCUCCAAAGGUGCCCGCAUGCCCUCUGUAACCGACGGCAACAGCAAGCUGGCGGAGGCCGAGUGGUACUGGGGAGACAUCUCCAGAGAAGAGGUAAAUGGCAAGAUGCGGGAUAUGCCAGACGGAACCUUCCUGGUUCGAGAUGCUUCUAGCAAAGUACAGGGGGAAUACACACUCACACUCAGGAAAGGAGGUAACAACCGCCUGAUAAAGAUCUACCAGAGGGGGGGUCUGUACGGCUUCUCUGAGCCCCUCACCUUCUCCUCAGUGGUGGAGCUGAUACAGCACUAUCACCACGAGUCCCUGGCACAAUACAACAGCAAGCUUGAUACACCGCUGCUCUACCCAGUCUCCAAAUAUCAACAGGAUGUGCUGGUAAAGGAGGACUCAAUAGAUGCGGUGGGGGAGCAGUUGAGGGUCUACCAUGAGCAGUACCAGGAGAAGAGCCGAGAGUACGACUCACUAUACGAAGAAUACACACGCACCUCUCAGGAGCUCCAGAUGAAGAGGACGGCCAUUGAGGCGUUUAAUGAGACCAUCCGCAUCUUUGAGGAGCAGUUUGAGACCCAGGAGCGAUGCAGCCGAGACUACAUGGAUAAACAGCCCAACGACCAGGAGAUGCAGAGGCUACAGAGUAACUCUGAGAAGCUGCACUCCCGCGUGACGGAGAUCCACGACAGCAAGCAGCGUCUGGAACAGGACCUCCAGCAGCAGACCCAGGAGCACCGCGAGACCGACCGCAAGAUGAACAGCCUCAAACCUGACCUCAUGCAGCUACGCAAGAUACGCGACCAGUACCUGCUUUGGCUGACACAAAAAGGCACCAAACAAAAGAAGAUCAAUGAGUGGCUGGGCAUCAGGAGUGACACGGAGGAUAUGAGUGUGUCCCAGCUGGUGUGUGAGGAGCUGGAUGAGGAGGGGGAGGCGGGGGAUGUUGGUGGUACUCACCUGGACGAGCGGAGCUGGUACCUGGGGGACCUGAAGCGAGCCCAGGCAGAGGAGCUACUGCAGGGCCGAGCCGACGGCACCUUCCUCAUCCGGGACAGCCAGACGCAGAAGGGAGCCUACGCCUGCUCCGUCGUUGUGGACGGGGAGGUGAAGCACUGUGUGAUCUUCCGGACGGCGUCUGGCUUUGGCUUCGCUGAGCCCUACAACCUGUACGGCUCGCUGAAGGAGCUGGUGCUGCACUACAAACACCACUCCCUGCUGCAGCACAACCAGGCCCUCAACGUCACCCUCGCCUGGCCCGUGCUCUCGCAAACACACACCAACCCUUAACCACACACACACACACACACACACACACACACAUCAUGCACACACACACACACACACACACAAACCCCAUUCAUGCAUAUACUGCAUACCUACGUACCAUACAAACACAUACCACACACACACACACACACACACACACACACACACACACACACACACACACACACACACACACACAGACAGAUACACACAUGAACACACCGCACACUCACACACACGCGGACAUGGACGCACACACAUACAAGUCUACAUACAUGUACACAUAAAAAUCCAUCCCACAGAAAAAAAACUGGUGCUUCACCGGACACUCUCUCAAAUCAUCUGCUUUUGCACAACAAGACUCUCAACGUCAAACACACCUGGUCUGUCCUGUUGCAUACACAUACACACACGCACACACGCUCGCGGACACACAUGGACACACUGCGCAUACAUAUACACAUACACACAAACAUGGACACCACACACACACACACACACACAUACGUACCAUGCACACACGCGCGCUCGAGCACACACACAAACACACACACACAUGCACAGCUCCCUAAAGGACAUGGUGCUCUGCUACAAACACAGUCUAACUCCUGCACAAUGAAACUGUAAUGACCACCCACCGCCCUUCAUAAUGACUCUAUUCAACUAUAUUAUAUACAAUAUAUACAUAAUAUCUAUCUGUAGUGUGUGUGUGUGCGUGUGUGUGUGAGAGGUAGAUACAGGCACAUCAUAGGACAUGAAGUUGUCUGCAUCUCUGAACAGGACCUCAUAAACCAGAGGGGUUGUGUGUAGUUCCAUACACACUCCCUCCCUUUAUCAAUGAAUCACAGCUGUGUGUGUGUGUGUGUAUGUGUGUGAGUUGUGAGGUGCUAAAUGGUGUGUUUCUGUUAUCCUUUGCAAUGCUGGACAGUGACUUGUUUCACAGGAGGGCCGUGCCCCACCAGUUAACUGACCGAUGCCCCUCCUUGACUGUGCUACUUUGUGGUGCGUUUCUCGACCGCGUCAAUACUAAAUAAGUCAGCAACUUACCUGGUUGCAAUGCUAACUGGUUAGCAAUGAUGCUUUUAACAAACAGGAUCCUGGGGUGCGUUUCUUGACAAUGUCGUUGCUAACUGUGUUAGCAACUUAAAUUGCAAUGCAAUUUCCCACUGGGAACCAGGUAAGUUGCUAACUGGUUAGCAACGAUACUUUCGAGAAACGGGUCCCAGGUUAGCACGUGGCACAGCAUAGCUCAGCAUGCUCUCUCUUGCAUGGAUCAAUGUCUACAAAGGACAAGACAAGACCAGACCAGGAGGGGGCGAUAUAAUCAAAUGUUGUGUUUUGUUUAUUUUGGACUGACUGUUGUUGUUUUCUUUUGAUGUGUCUGUCUGUGUCUGGUCGCCAUUUGUUCCUCUCCUCAGCACCAGCAGUUAGUUUGCACUUGCUAGUCAUUAAGUACUGUUGUUGACUCUCUGUCUCUCUGCAGACAAACGUGUGUGUGUGUGUGUGUGUGUGUGUGUGUGUGUGUGUGUGUGUGUGUGUGUGUGUGUGUGUGUGUGUGUGUGUGUGUGUGUGUGUGUGUGUGUGUGUGUGUGUGUGUGUGCGCGUGUGUGUGUGCAUGUGUGCGUUCUUGCACUUGUGUUGCCAGUGAUAACUAAUGGCUGUGUUUUGCACACGCAACCAUAAGAUAGCACAGUCCACAUCACGUGUGGUAACCAUGGGUACGACCUUUACCUGACCCUUACCUUUACCUACCUGCAACCUCCUCUCAUCUCCGCUGGUAGAAGAAACGAACAAUGGAUUUUUGGUGGUGUUUUGCAGGUGUUAAAAUGGCUUUGGUUAGGAUGGGGGAGGCCUUCUUUACCCAGUGGUCAACAUCUCCCUUUAUUGUAUAUUCUUGUACUAUGAAUAAAGUACUGUAUGGUGAGCUCAGUGAGUUCAUCUCUGAUUGGCUGUACAGUACUGUAGACGAAUGAGCUCCGCUCUGAUUGGUUAAACAGCACUGUAGCCGAAUGAGCUCCGCUCUGAUUGGCUGGGCUGUGUUGCAGAGGUCAAGAGGGUGGACCUGAACUCUGUAGAGCUCCGGCUCAACGUUGUGUGCGAGUAGGUAUGGGCCAGUGUGGGCGCAAUGGCAUAGCGUACCUGUUUCGGAGCUGUUUGGUAGUGUUUUUUGAUAAGUAUUCUGGAACGAGGAAUGCGACUUGAGUUACUUAUUGGCAGCUUUAAGGAUCUAAGCUCUUCUCUCUUCCCUCCGUUUCUAGGAGGAUUUUGCACUGAAGGGUCGGCCAGUCAGCUGCUGUGUAGUCCUGGGGUAGUUAAAUAGCAGCGUGACUGCAUGGGUUUGCAUGGAGGGGUUUCUUUAGUUCACCUAAAUGCAUGGACAUGGCCAUUAGUGUUUGGAGUAAAUACUACAAACAGGAGGGGAGCUAAGAUGAUGGUCUCUCCUCAUGACUUGUUCCUGGCAGUUGGCAUCCCAGGGUUGCAUUUGGCUGAUCGGUUUAUAGAUUGCUAAUAGAUUAGCUGGAUGAUUGUUUCAUUGAUUGAUUGAUUGAUUGAUUGAUUGAUUGAUUGAUUGAUUGAUUGAUUGAUUGAUUGAUUGAACAUUUUAUUACAGUUUGGGUUUGAUUAUGACACUGUUCCAAACUUUGAGUUUGAGUUUGACUUUGUAGGUUUGGCAAAACUGAGUGGAACUGGCAACAGUGUAGAAAUGUGGUAUGAUGUGAUUUUUGUUUGUUUGUUUGUUUUUUUGUUGUACAGUAUUGUAUAUGAUGGAGAUGAGGUGAAGAUGAAAAAAUAUUUUGCACAAAAUACUUUUUGUAUGUAGCAAGCGAGCGUUCAUGACUGGUUUGUGUGAUACUGUAUGUGCGCGUGUGAGAGUGUACAGUACUGUAUGUCUUCGUCCAGGAAGGAAGAACCAUCUCCCCUGAGUCCCGGGGCGACAUCUGAUUCGUUCAGAUUUCCCUGGUAAGGGAAUCCCAAAUUGACAUGAGUUGGACCAGAAAAUACUUGGCACCGCGGGGAACACAGGACAUUAACAUGCCCGUGAGUGCUCCUCCAACCCACACUAUGUGCGUAUUGGUCACCUGACCAGACGAUUGACAUGAAGUAGCUUGAACUCUCUGUUGUAUUUCAAAUACGAUGGGGGCAAUCGUUCACAAUCACCAAAUAAUCUAGUAGCAGAGGACGGGACGGAAUGAGACAGAGAGGCUCGUCUCUAAACUAACCAGCACACUUAUAGAACCUUGUAAGUUUGAUAUUUCAUGUUCAGUUCUGUUGAUGUAAGAUGUAUGUUUUAUCUUGUAAAAAAAAAUACAGGUGGUCUUUAUUUGUGUCUUCUUAUUUGUGGAGUUUGAGGGAGGUGAUUUUUGUAGUCUGAUGUUUGCACCUGAGAGAUAUCUCUGCCUCGGCCACAGAGAAGAGCCCCUGUGGCAGCACUAACUUAAUUAUUUAUCUCCAAAACAACAUGGUUACAGUAAGACCUCUUUAAAUUGAUGUGCUUUUCUAACACAUCUGUAGGUAGAGCCAAGUCUUCUGAUGUUGCUUGAUUCGUCUUUUGGGUAAAUUGGAAAACAAACCAACAACAAGAAAAAAACAAACUAAACAACAAGAAAAAAGAAAUAAAUCAUCAAUGGGAUGUUGCUCUGUUGUCUGUUAGGGAAGUUCUGUGGUGCGACACCACAUUAUUGGACAUUUAUAAAUGAUUUGAAAUGCACUUACUGUAUGCUUCCUCAACCUUUGUGCUGGCUUGUGGUUCCCAGUGGUACAAGUUUGAAGAUAAAGACAAUAAAAUAUAAAAUGAUAUAAUCAGACAUACAAGGAUGUCCUAAUUGGUCCUUUGAAUGGAGCUAUAGGAGCUUCUAAUAGAAGUGCAUCUUGGGAGUGAGUGCCAUUGAAAAAGCAGCAUGAUCUUUCUGGGUACCAUAAAUACCCAUAUCCUUGCUGUGUGUGCUAACCAUAUCAACUAUUUCUGUUCACCAAGUUCUGUAGUUUCAGCUUGCUCUAUUUCUGUGUUUGUCUCAUAUGACUGCUAUGUUUGUUUGGUACACUACCUUAGGGAAACAAUAAAUUCUAGUAUUGGAAAUACAUACAGGUAUGUGUCUCUGUGUGCACCUUCUUGACAUUGGCACAACAACAACUUCAAGUCACAUUACAGGGGUGAAUUUCUCAAAACCAAAGUUGCUUACUACAUUAGCUACUUUGUUGUAUUCAAUGCAUUUUCCCAUUUCAACUACCGAAGUUGCUGACAGGCUAACAACUUCUCUUUUGAGAAACUCACCCCAGGAUUGUUUGCACGUACUAUGUACUA